AUGCUCGCCCUGCAACCCCAACCACCCGCCUUCUUGCCAAAAGAAUCCUUCAACACCCUCCCAGCAGAAGUCCUCCUCGAAAUCAUUCCCUAUAUACCAUUCUCCCCACACACACUCUCCUGCCUCUGCCUAACCUGCGCCCGCCUCAACGGCCUCAUAAAAUCGCACGAGCAAUCUCUCGUCUCUGACAUCAAACGCACCCAAAUCCCACGACACGCGCUACACCUCUUCCCGAGCCUCGACACAUCCACCUUCGAUGGCAUCGCAACCCUCCAUAAGCGCCUCUCCACCCUCACCGACCUCCACGACCAAUGGCUGCACAUCACCUCUCACGGCCCCGAACUCGACUGGCUCAAAGGUCGUUGGGAGUCCAUCCAUAAGACCGGCCUGCUCCUCCUCUACCGCCUCCAAGACGCCGGAAGCUACUGCAACAAAGUCGCUCUGAUCAACGGCUUACCCGCCACGAGUCUCGCGUGCUUGCUCUUCAAGCUCAUAUCGAGUAUCAAGAUUCUGAGAAUCUACGGCCCGGAACCGAUCAAUGGCAAUUGGUCGGCGGGGGACAUCAUGGCGAGAAGUGAUGUGGAGCUAGCGUUUGAGGAGAUGUUGCUGCAGUAUGGACCGGAUUUCUUCGUGGCGAUGCUGAGAGCAGGAGGGCGGGAGAAGAUGGGCGAGACCACCCAUAGCACUGAGGAUCAAUGGGCCGUCGACGCCCUCACCCACGAAGUGACAAACAUGCUCGAACGCCAAAUGCCCUCCUCCGACGGCUGGCCCAAACCACCCACCCUAACCUCCUGCAUGCGCCGCGCUUUCGCCGCCCGCUGCAACUGCCACAUCUCGCAGAACAUCGGCAAGAUGUGGGAGCUUUUAUCUUCGACGGCGUUUGAUCAGGUGGAUGAGAAGAAGAUGGUGAAGGUCGUGAAGGGUAAGGAGUUGGAGGAGGGACUGAAGCGGGUCUUUUGA